AUGAGUAACUCAACCGAUCCUUCCGACUAUUGCACUUUGGAAAUCUGCCCCAUCACAGAGGCCUACGUUUACUAUGUCCCAUCAUUGGCCGGCAAUGCUUUCUACUUGGCUUUAUUCGCCGUGCUACUGGGCGCUCAACUGAUCCUGGCCGUGCGCUACCGGACGUGGGGCUACUUAGCCGGGCUGUUUGGCGGCCUCGUCCUCGAGAUUAUCGGGUAUAUCGGACGUAUUCAAUUGCAUUCCAACCUGUUCCGCUUCAACCCAUACCUUGAAUACCUGAUCUGCCUCACCAUCGGCCCGGCCUUCCUCAGCGCGUCCAUCUACAUCUGCCUGGGCUGUAUCGUGAAAGUCUACGGAGAGAGCAUCUCUCGCCUUCGCCCAAAGACGUACACGAUUGUCUUUGUGGCUUGCGACUUGAUAUCGCUGAUCUUACAGGCAGCAGGCGGAGCCAUUACCUCAGUCGCAGAUGCCGAUCAGUACGAUCUCGCCCAGGAUGGCAUCAACAUCAUGAUAGCCGGGCUUGCUAGCCAGGUGGCUUCUCUCGCCCUCUUCAUGGCCAUCUGUCUCGACUAUGCGUGGCGGGUGUACAAGAACCCGGAUGACCUGAGUUCCGAGACGUGUAUGCGUGGUCUUCGCCAUAGCAUUAGAUGGAAGGCCUUCCUGGCGGGGCUGGCUCUUGCCACUGUAACCAUCUUUGUGCGAUCGGUAUUCCGAGUCGCCGAGCUGAAAGGGGGAUUUCAUAGUUCGUUGGCCAAUAACGAAGUGCUCUUUAUGACUUUGGAGGGGGCAAUGAUUGCUAUCGCAGUUAUCUCUCUGACCGUGCUCCAUCCAGGCUUCUGCUUCGAUGGCCUUUGGAAUCAGACCAGAUGGUCUUUUCGUCAGUCUAGAGACAGUGAGAUGCAAUUGAUUGAGGUUAAUGCUGGACACGAGGCGAAGGCUCAGCGGGCUGACUCGGGUAUGAGUUGA